GUGAAAGGGUAAUUAAGGAAUUGAGGAAAGGUGAGAUUGGUGCUCUUUUGCCCCCCAUUCCUUCCUUUUCUGCAUUCUAUAUCCUCUCUCCCUCUUGAAAUUCCCAAACUUCAGCAAAAUCUAUCUUUUUGUAUAUCCAAAUUUCCAACUAACAAUCCCUCUAUUUUUACGAGAUGUGGGAUUUAAAAUGCGUUUCCACUCCAACUUCCCCCACUAUCAUUUUCCCCCACAAUCCCUGCGCCACCAAAACACGCCACUAUCACACUCCUCAACCUCAAUCCCGCCGCUUUCCUUCUCUAUCCAUUAAUUGUCGUGCUACCCUUAACCAGAAACCCAUGUCUGACGAUAGAAUGCUUGUGUUUGUACCACCACAUCCGUUGAUCAAACACUGGGUUUCUGUUCUUAGGAAUGAGCAGACUCCAUGCGCUGUUUUCAAAAAUGCAAUGGCCGAGUUGGGGAGGCUACUUAUAUAUGAAGCUUCAAGGGAUUGGUUGCCUACUAUUACUGGAGAAAUUCAAACACCUAUGGCUGUUGCCAAAGUCGAAUUUGUUGAUCCAAGGGAGCCUGUGGCGAUUAUUCCUAUUUUAAGAGCAGGUCUUGCACUAGCAGAGCAUGCAGAUUCUAUUCUCCCCUCAACGGCAACCUAUCAUUUAGGGCUAGGCAGAGAUGAAGAGACACUUCAACCAACUGUCUAUUUGAACAAGUUGCCGGAAAAGUUCCCUGAAGGAGCUCGAAUAUUUGUUGUGGAUCCAAUGCUGGCAACAGGUGGGACAAUUGUUAAAGCAAUUGACCUGUUAAAAGAGCGGGGUGUUGGAAAUAACCAAAUUAAAGUGAUUUCAGCUGUUGCUGCUCCUCCAGCACUCACAAAGCUCAGCGAGAAGUUUCCAGGGCUUCAUGUAUACACUGGAAUCAUUGAUGAAGUUGUUAAUGAAAAGGGGUUUAUUAUUCCUGGCCUUGGGGAUGCUGGAGAUCGUAGCUAUAGCACAUAGAACAUAGAAGACAAUUUGGAGUUUAAACUUUGUUGCGCCAUAUUUGAAGUUUUGGCAUCUUAAUUAGUUUCAUAUGAUCGAAGAAGCACGUUAGAUAAACGAAUAUUCUUUGUUACAAUUUUUUAUCGCUGGCCAUGUAUGAUUAGUUGAUUACUAUAUGGCUUAGUCCGAACCAUUUAGACUUUAAUUAUAGUAGGCUAAUCGCUUUCGUUUGUAAAACUCUCAUUUAUAUAACAAGCUCGAGAAGGAAUACUAAAACCUAGCCCA